AUGGGCAACGGGCCGGUCGCGCUGUUGGCUCGCUCCGCCGCCUGCAACGUGCUCGCUGCUGUGUUCGUCGUCUUCGCCGCCGGCGCGGCGGCAGCUGCGGACGUUGGUGGGAAGAACGGGAGCUCGGCGGCGGCGGCGGCACGGUGCGACCUGUUCCAGGGGAGGUGGAUGGCGGACAAGUCGUACCCUCUAUACGACGCGUCGCGCUGCCCCUUCGUGCCGGACGUCUUCGACUGCCGCCGCAAUGGCCGCCCCGACGACGACUACCUCAAGCUCCGCUGGUCCCCCGCCGCCUGCCGCCUCCCACGGUUCGACGGGGCGGAGCUGCUGCGGCGGUGGCGCGGGAAGACGGUGCUGUUCGUGGGGGACUCGCUGAGCAUGAACCAGUGGGCGUCCCUGUCCUGCAUGCUCCACGCCGCGCUGCCGCCGGGCGGCGCCGGGCGCGUCUCCUUCGCCUCCGGCGAGCCGGUCUCGUCCGUGCGGUUCCUCGACUACGACGUGUCGGUGGUGCUCUACUACAGCAGGUUCCUGGUGGACGUGGCGCAGCGCGACGGGCUCGGCCGCGUCCUGAUGCUGGACUCCAUGCGCGACGCCAGCGCCUGGCUCGGCGCCGACGUGCUCGUCUUCAACACCUGGCACUGGUGGACUUACAGGGGCGCCAGCCAAGUAUGGGAGUACGUGCAGGAGGGGAACAGCACGUACCGAGACAUGGACAGGCUAGAGGCAUUCUCCAAGGGGCUCUCCACAUGGGCACGCUGGGUGGACGCCAACAUCGACACCUCGCGGACCAGGGUCUUCUACCAAGGGAUCUCCCCCAGCCACUACUCCUCCUCCUCCUCGUCAGAGCAAGACAACGGCGGUGCUGCGGCGGCGGCGGCGGGGAACGGGGGAUGCUACCGGCAGACGCGGCCGCUGCAGGAGGCGACGGACGGCGGCGGCGGCGCGGGGGUGGUGCUGCUGCCGGAGCAGGUGGUGGUGCGCGGGGUGGUGGGGUCGAUGUCGACGGCGGUGUCGCUGCUGGACAUCACGUGGCUGUCGCAGCUGAGGAUCGACGCGCACCCGUCGGUGUACGGCGGGCCGGGGAGGGACGGCAUGGACUGCACGCACUGGUGCGUCGCCGGCCUCCCCGACGCCUGGAACCACAUCUUGUACGCCAUGCUCUAGCUAGCAGUAGCAGAUGAGGCGUGCUUAACCUUAACUACAUAGUUAAU